AUGGCGCGUACUAAGCAGACCGCCCGUAAGUCCACUGGCGGAAAGGCUCCCCGUAAGCAGUUGGCCACCAAGGCCGCCCGUAAAUCUGCUCCAGCUACAGGCGGUGUAAAAAAACCCCAUCGUUACAGGCCUGGUACCGUCGCUCUCCGUGAGAUCCGUCGUUACCAGAAAUCGACUGAGCUUCUCAUUCGCAAGCUGCCCUUCCAACGUCUUGUGCGCGAGAUUGCUCAGGAUUUCAAAACCGAUCUGCGUUUCCAGAGCUCGGCGGUCAUGGCUCUCCAGGAGGCGUCCGAGGCUUAUCUGGUCGGUCUCUUUGAAGACACCAAUCUAUGCGCCAUCCAUGCCAAACGUGUCACCAUUAUGCCUAAGGACAUCCAACUGGCUCGUCGUAUCCGCGGAGAGCGCGCUUGGCCGUUUUUUGGUGAUACCCGAAGGCAUAUAUGUGUGGUGGAGAAACUACUUGGAGGAAGUGUACUUGGUGACAGCUUUGGUUCCCUCAGACACGGCGUGUUUGGCCAACUCACCAGGGAGCAGCAGACCAUCACCUCUCGGGAGGUUCAGACCGCCGUCAGACAGUCAAAAAUGGCGCGUACUAAGCAGACCGCCCGUAAGUCCACUGGCGGAAAGGCUCCCCGUAAGCAGCUGGCCACCAAGGCCGCCCGUAAAUCUGCUCCAGCUACAGGCGGUGUAAAAAAACCCCAUCGUUACAGGCCUGGUACCGUCGCUCUCCGUGAGAUCCGUCGUUACCAGAAAUCGACUGAGCUUCUCAUUCGCAAGCUGCCCUUCCAACGUCUUGUGCGCGAGAUUGCUCAGGAUUUCAAAACCGAUCUGCGUUUCCAGAGCUCGGCGGUUAUGGCUCUCCAGGAGGCGUCCGAGGCUUAUCUGGUCGGUCUCUUUGAAGACACCAAUCUAUGCGCCAUCCAUGCCAAACGUGUCACCAUUAUGCCUAAGGACAUCCAACUGGCUCGUCGUAUCCGCGGAGAGCGCGCUUAAGUUACUGGAAUCUUUACUUCAGUAAGAAAAAAACGGCCCUUUUCAGGGCCACCAACAUCUAGAAGAUCAUGCGCUUUACUGUGCAUUCUCAAAUAAUUAAAUAUACUUUUGCAGACCAUUUACAUAUUAAGUAACUGGUAGUUUAUAGAUGAGUGAUGAAUAUGUCUGCUCAAUAUAUUGCGGGCAAAUUUCCAGUCAACCGCAAAGCAUCAUCAAUUGUCGAAAACUGCUUAAUUUGAAUAAAAUAGUAUUUUGGAAAAAAUGUGAAAGAAGAGCCAGAGGGACUUGUAGAAAAAUCCAGGAGAGCAAACUUAGUCACAUGGAAAGACACUAUAAGACGUAAAUUUUGAGUUUUUCGUUCGUUGCUGCCGUUAAGGAUUCUUUUGGAUGACCUCAACGACAAAAUUACGUGAUCUGCUCUUGGUCUCUAUAAUACACCACCUCAUGGGUUUACACCCCCAGUGCACCGUUAUGGCUACACAAGAGAUAUACCUAUGCGCACCAAACUUGCCUACGUUCUCAAAGUACGGCACCUUUUAAG